AUGGCGGAGCUGCCGCUGCCCGCCGGGCUCAGCGCCAGCACCUUCCCCGCCAAGCUCUGGCGCCUGGCCAACAGCCCCCACGUCCGCUCCGUGCGCUGGGACAGCCGGGCCACGGGGCUGCUCAUCGACCGCUCCCUCUUCGAGCGAGAGCUGCUCAGCUCGGGCGACGCCCACGGGGCGGGCGCUGACGGGGCGGGGCCGAUACCGGAGUCCUUCCAAGCCACGCACUUUGGCAGCUUUGUGCGGCAGCUCAACCUCUACGGCUUCCAAAAGGUGCCGGGCUGGGUUGGCUUAGAUGAGCCGGCCGAUACCGGGGGCUGGCUCCACUUCAGGAACCCCAACUUUCGGCGCGACCGCCCCGACCUCCUGCUCCGCAUCAAGCGCCUGACCAGGGCCAACAGGCAGCGGCUGGCGGCGGGGCUGGAGGUGCGCAGCCGCCAGCCCAGCCGCUUCCAGCAGCUCCACACGGAGCGGGCAGCGCUCUCCUUCCCCAUCGGGCAGCUCCCCAGAGCCGUGCUCUCAUACCAGGACCUCAGUGCUGCCUCACCUGAGGGUUUAGAGCUGCCUCCAGGCCCUUCCAGGCUAAGUGCAGGUGCUCAGGACUCUGAGGUUUUCCUAGCUUCUCCCAAGAAGCUGUUUGCCUCAUCUGCACUUCUUGGGGUUUCAUCAGAAGAACCAGGCACAGGCAAAUUUCAUCUCAGCUGUGAGACCAUCAUUCCGCUGGUUCCCAUGGAGCUUAAAUGCCACCCUGAGCUCAUCGUUCCUCUGGUUCCUGUAGACCAUCGCAGCAUUUCCAUGGCCUCUCCAGAGAGAAGCAGCUGCACAUCUUCAGAGCAGCAGUUGCCAGCCUGCAGCCCAUCAGCCACCCCAGACACUUCAGCCCCCAGCACUCCAGCUGGCAGCACAGGUUUUGCAGCAUGGACAGCCCCCAGCUGGCUGUGGAAUACUCCUGGGGAAGAGGAAUUGCCACCGCCGGAUCUGGACAUGGUGCUUGAGACGCUGGAGGAGAUGUUUGCUCCCUCUUCUCAGGGGAAUAUUCAUGUUGCCCCUGAGUCUUCAGGAGGAGAGCGUGUGGACAGAGCUGCAGCAGAGGGAGCUUUGCCUGGCACAGAGAGCUGCAGGAACAAUUCCCAGGAGCCCGAGGAGCUUGAUAUCCACCUGAUCUACCUUGCCAGGAGGGCUGCCCUGCAUGGGAAGAAGGAUCAGAGGGAGAGCCUGUGACCAUCGGGCAGGUGGAAUCCCUCCAUUUCUAUAUAGAUUUAUAAAUUUCUAUAAUUCUAUUUAUAUAUCCAUAUAGUUGCAUUUAUAGAUUUAUACAGUCCUAUUUAUAUAUCCGCAUAGUUAUAUUUAUGGAUUUAUCGAUGUGUGUUAACAUGUGCAUAUAUAUAUACAUCUAUAUAGUUAAAUCUGUAUAUAUCAUUAUAGAUGGGGUAUAAUUGUAUUUAUAGGUAUGUAGGUACAUUUAUAGAUUUUCAAGUGUACAUUUAUAUAUGUAUAGAGUAAUAUAUAUAUAUUUAUAUAUUUAUAUUUAUAAAUCUGGAUUUUUACGUAGUUAGAAGUAUAUGGAUUUUAAAUGGAUAGGCUCUUGUUGGUGUAGGCCUAGGCUGCAUUUUUACCCCUUUUUCCCUCGGCUGCCUUUCUCAUCUCUUUCUUUUCCCCCUGUGCCCCCUGUGUCCCCUCUCCCUGUGCUGAGUCCGAGCUGGCGGCCGGGCCGGCCGGAGCAGCACUUCCAGCCCCGGCUGUCCCUGGAGCGGUGGGAGCUGCCGCUGGCCCCAGGCACUGUCCCCUGAGGAGCUGCUGAAGGACGAUGUCCCAUCUGCUGUCCCUGUCCAGGAGAGCUGCUCUGCACGGGAGGCGGAGACCAAGGAAGAGGCUUUGAGGGUGGAGCAGCUGGGAUCCCUCUUCUUGGAGCUCUAUUUAAAGAAGUCUGGACUUGCACAUAGAGAGGGAUUAUUAUAUGGAUAUGUUCAUGUGUAGGCUUCUAUUUGUAUAGAAAUAUUUCUAUAUAUUUGUUGUUGUAUUUAUUGAUGUAUUAUAUAUAUGUAUGCAUAUAUAUACAUAUAUGUUUACAAUUACAUGUAUGUAUAUAUUUGUAUCUAAGUAUACAUGUAUGUUGUUAUAUCUGUGUUUAGUUCUAUUUCCUAGGUUUACAGCUGUUCAGUUAUCUGUAUUGAUGCAGUUAUAGGUAUAUGUCUCUUUAAAUCUCUGUAUUGGAAGUUGUAUUGGUUGAUAUGUCUCUUUUAAUAUUUUUUAAUGUUUAUUGAUCUAUUUCUGUCUAUAUAAUAAUAUUUACAUAUGUAUCUAGAUGUAAAGCUGUAUAUUUGUACUGAUAUAGUUGGGUGUAUAUUUAGAUUGGUGAUAUUUGUAUAUUUAUAGAUAGGUUUUGGUUUAUAUAUUUACUUAUAUAUAUAUAUUGUAUGUAAUAUGUAAUAUGCGAUGUUUAAUUUAUAUUUACAUCUGUAGAUUGUUAUAUUUGUAUAUGUAUUUAUAUAUAUGUUCAUAUAUGUAUGUAUUUAAUUCCAUUUCAACAUGUGUGGAGUGGUAUAGUUGUAUAAUUCUAUAUACUGAAUUCUUAGUGUAGGUCUGUUUAGAGAGGGAAUGGUAUUGUUGUGUUUCUGUGUGGGCUGUACGUUUGUAGUAAUAGGUAAUAAAUUAAGUCCUUAAACACCUAAUUGAUCUUUGUGUAUAGUGAGUUGUUGUAGAGGUUGGCAAUAAAUAAGUUUUUCUUAUCUGAAGUUGGUAUUUGUAUAUUUUUAUACUGACUGGUUGUAAUAAUCUAAUAAAUUCCUGGUUUUACCCUAAA